AUGGGUCACAUUUCAGAGGAGAAGAGGGAUAAAGAACCCUCUCUAUUCGACAGGGAUGUGGGUAAGCAGUUAACUACUGUCGAUAAAGAAAUACUUACAGGAGCGAUUUUGUCAGAUGUUCAAAAGAGAGAUUGGCUGUGUGCACAGCUUCUGCACUUCCUACAGAGGAACAUCAUCAUGUCUGCUGUCUCAGUGGCAGGAAUCCUCGUGGCCACAGUGCUCUUUCUGCUGGUGUUGACCACAUGCAUCAGGAAGAAAAAGCUGUUAUUUCCUUUGGAAAACAUUACAUACAAUAUGUUCAUAAUAGAUGGCAAGACCUGGUGGCAAAACUCUCAAUAA